AUGUCUUUCAACGCCAUUUUCAGCCUUUUCCUCAUCCUAACACAGCUCGCCACCUCGUCAUCACUCACCAUCACCGACAAUCUCCCAACGCCGUAUGAAGUCCUCGCCGGAUACAACUUCCCGAUCGGUGUUCUCCCGAAAGGGGCCACAGGCUACGAACUGGACAAAACCACUGGCAAAUUCCGCGUUUAUUUGAACGGCUCGUGCAGUUUCUCUCUUGAAGGUUCGUAUCAGCUCAAGUACAAGUCCACAGUCAGUGGUUACAUAAGUGAGAACAAGCUGACUGAUUUGAGUGGAGUAAGUGUGAAGGUUUUGUUUUUUUGGUUAAAUAUUGUUGAGGUUGUUAGAAAAGGAGACGAGCUUGAAUUUUCUGUUGGACUUGCUUCCGCCGAUUUUCCAAUUGAUAAUUUCUAUGAGUGUCCACAGUGUGGGUGUGGGUUGAAUUGCAACAAUGUUGAGUUAGUAACCAAGCUUAGAUCCAACCCUUUGGUUUCCUCAUUUUAG